UGACUAAACAAUGUUUUGUUUUUGUUUUUUCAGACUUAAUCAAAGAUGUAUAAAUACAAUCUACGUGAAGUUAAAAGAUCUUAGGGUGGUGUGUGGUUCCAUUGGAUGUAGCUGACACUUUAUCAUCAUUUUAAACUAUGGCUCAGGCUGGUGGGGUAGUGCACUUUCUUCCGGAAGGGGACUGCAUUCUUUCAUCUCCAAGAUCAAUCCGGGCAAUUGAUGUUAAGCCCUGGCUGUCAGCAUUGAAUUCUGAUUUAACUUGUAGUAAUCAAAUUUGCUUCACACCUACUCUCAACUCUCGGAGAAUCCAAGUUUUGAGGAAGAGCCUCACACCUGAAACAAGGCGUUCUCAUCUUGGAAUGUAUAGUAGUACAGGGUCCUUGGUUUGUAAUCCUUCUCAGACUGUGUAUACAUCUGGGAGAGUAACAGCACCAUGCAGUCCACUCCGCAGCAGAGAAAAUGAUCCUCUUUAUUCCCCUGGUAGCAGGAAACCUUUGGUUUUGCCUCAGAACCCUGGACAAAAUUCUAUUGUAACUUUUACAUUUGUUAAAAAAUCCAGUGUCCAGACUUUAAAUGGGGACCCAACAUUGUGUGACUCUCAUCAAGACAAGCAACAGCAACAGGAAGAUGACCAAAGGGGGCCAUGUUUUAACAGAGAAAAAGAGUCAAGUGGUUGCCAUGAAAACUCAGCUAAACAUCCUGACUAUAUUAGUAAUGUUGAACUAAAAGUUGGCUCUCCUCAAUUAAAAUUAUCUUCACGCUCUGGAGACAGAACACAAUUAGCGUGCAGUAGUCCUCAGGCAGGCCAGAAAGAAUAUCAUUCUGAACUAGGGAAACAGAGUCCUUCAGCAAGUUCUCAAGAGUGUCAUCUCAAUCAGUCUGUCAGUUCUUGUAGCCAACAUGAUUACUCCAAGAAUCUGGCACUAGACUUCAUGCCAUCCACAAGCAGCCCACUUAAAACCUCAAGUCCCUCACAAAGUCCACUGUUAAGAAGGCUUGCAGAUGAGAUAAAUGCCUGCAAAGAUAAUAGCACAUCUUCAAUCCAAGCUGAAGACUCGAAUGAAGAAUCAGUAAAUAGUAUCAGGAGUCCUAGAAAAUCGGAACCAAACCAACAGGCUGAUCCUUGGGGAUUUCCAAAGGAAGUCUCUUUACAUGCACAGAAGAUAGCAAAGGCAAAGUGGGAAUUCUUCUAUGGCUCAACUGAUUCACAAAAGGAAGAUUCAGAACAGACUGAGAUGCUUUCUGCCCCUUGCUCACCAAAUGCCUCUGGUAGUUUAAAAAAGAGACACUGCCACCAGGAGACUGAUCUGCUAAAACACAAUUGGUGUCAUGUGGAAGUAGAAAUAGAGACUACCUCUUCUAUGGAUCCAACACCUGAUAGCUGUGAGACAGGCAUUAUCCGCAGAACUAUUAAAUACUCUGAAACAGAUCUGGACUCUGUACCACUGAGGUGCUACCGGGAGACAAACAUAGAUGAUAUACUGGCUGAGAAUGAAGGUUUGGACUCGGCUAUUGGCAGCCAAAAGGACACUGAGAGUAACACAGAAACGAGUGCAGAGAAAACCAAUGUGCAGAAUGAACAAACUACAGUUGAAAACUAUUGUGGUUUUACCAACAAUACAGAACGGGACAAUGGGGAAGAGGAUGAAGACGAAGUGUUUGAAGCAACAAAAGUGGGAGAAACCAACAGGGUAAAUGCACAGAUGCUCAUUAUAUCUCCACUACCAAUCCUUCUCUGCCAUCGACUUUCAGAAGAUGGAAUGGACUCGUUCAGCAAACAUUUUGAAAACAUUAUGGAGUCUCAUAGGGCCAAAGGCACCUCUUACUCCAGUCUGGACUCCAUUGACAUACUCUCAUCUCCUGCUCAAAACCAACACAGCUUCUUCACCUUUGACCUGCCAACACUAACCUCUGAAACUCAGAAGCAGAUUUGCAAAAAUGCUCAGCUUAUUGAAGACAAUUUUGCCCCCAUGGCUCACCUGGACCUGGAUUCUGGAACAAGUUCUACCACUGAUUCAGCCUGGAGCGAAAGAGAAGACACUGUGAAUGCUGUGGGGGCAACACACAACGCAUUUCAGAGCCCUACCCUGUCUGAAGACAGCUUAAUCAUAGCUGAUGCUAUUAUACAAAGUGAACCUCCCCUUGGCAACUUGGCCUCUGAAUUUGACUCCGAGAUGGACAGCACGGAGCAAUUAGCUCUAGGAAGCACAGAUACCCUGUCCAAUGGCCACAAGGCAGACCAAGAAGCUGCAAAGCGUCUGGCAAAGAGACUUUACAAUCUUGAUGGGUUCAAAAAAGCAGAUGUGGCGAGGCACCUGGGGAAGAACAAUGAGUUCAGUAAGAUGGUUGCAGAGGAAUACCUCAAGUUUUUUGUCUUCACAGGGAUGUCUCUUGACCAAGCCCUCAGGAUGUUCCUGAAAGAGCUGGCUCUUAUGGGAGAGACGCAGGAGAGGGAGCGGAUAUUAGCACAUUUCUCUCAGCGAUAUCAUCAAUGUAAUAGUAACAGCAUCCCUUCAGAGGAUGGCGUUCACACAUUGACCUGUGCACUGAUGCUGUUGAACACUGAUUUACACGGCCAUAAUAUUGGCAAGAGGAUGUCCUGCUCAGAAUUUAUUGGAAACUUGGAAGGUCUGAAUGGAGGGAAAGAUUUUCCAAGGGAACUUCUCAAGGCCUUAUACAGCUCCAUUAAGAAUGAGAAGUUACAGUGGACAAUAGAUGAAGAAGAACUUCGAAGAUCACUUUCGGAACUUGCUGACCCUAACCCCAAAUCCAUUAAGCACAUUAAUAGCUGUGGGAAACCUUUCCUGGACUUCUCCCAGGACCCAAACAUUACUACCUAUAAAUAUGGAGUACUAGUUCGCAAAAUCCAUGCUGAUUCGGACUGCAAAAAAACUCCUAGAGGAAAGCGUGGCUGGAAGACAUUCCAUGGAAUAUUGAAAGGGAUGAUCCUUUAUUUACAGAAGGAGGAGUAUAAGCCAGGAAAACCCAUUUCCGAAGAGGAUUUAAAAAAUGCCAUCAGUAUUCAUCAUUCUCUAGCCACUAGAGCCUCCGAUUAUAACAAAAGGCCAAAUGUCUUUUACCUGCGCACUGCAGACUGGAGAGUAUUCCUGUUUCAAGCUCAGAAUCCCGAGCAGAUGCAUUCUUGGAUAACCCGUAUUAAUGUUGUGGCAGCCAUGUUUUCUGCGCCACCUUUCCCAGCUGCAAUCGGCUCCUUUAAGAAAUUCAGUCGGCCUCUCCUGCCAAGUUCCAUAACGCGGCUUUCCCAGGAGGAACAGGUAAAGACCCACGAAUCAAAGUUCAAGACCAUGUCAUCAAGUUUGAUAGAACAUCGCUCAUCGCCCCCUGACAAGAAGCUUAAAGGAAAAGAGAUUGAAGAAUUUAAACAAAAGGAAGACUAUUUAGAAUUUGAGAAAUCUCGUUAUGGCACCUACGCAAUGCUCCUCAGAGCCAAGCUCAAGGCAGGCACUGAAGACUUGGAAGCGUUUGAAACAACCUUGUUUGACUCUGCAGAGAAUGAUGACGAUGAUGGGCUUAAAAAGUCUCGCUCUAGUCCAUCUCUAAAUAUUGACCCACCAGCCGCAUCAACCAAAGCCAAGUGCCAUGUGUCCUCUCGCGGAAGCUGCAGACCAGCCCAUAGCAGUAAUCGACAGAAAUCUUGAAUCAUCUGUUUGCUGAUAUGUUAGAGAAAGAACAUGAGGUCAAUCAUUCCUCUAUAACAAGCCCCUAAGGUUCAGAGCUGGUACCGUGAAGCGUUGCAUGAUUUCAUUCCUUUUUGCAGGUAAGCACUUUGCCAAGCUAAGCCUCUGCAGAGCCUUUGAGAACAGAGCUGGAAAUCCCUGCAAUCCUGGAUUAUGAGAAUCUUGUUGUACAAUCGCUAUUAGCACUGCCUAUAUCUGUACUGUAUGAUGCACCUUGGCGAGUGCUCAAAGGGCCGGUGCGAAAAACUGCUCAAUGGGUUUUUAUAUUUAAAGCCAUUAAGAUCCAGUGGGACCAUAUUUUAGUUGUAAACUACCAAAAAAAAGAAAUUCUGUUCAUUUAGCGCGGGACUAUUUUACAUACCUAAGUGGACUUCAUAGAUGGAUCUCAUACAGCACAUGGACUUUGCUACAAUGUAAUCUUUUUUAUGAGAACAAUUACAAGAUUAAGACAUAACAUUCUUAACAAAAAAAGGCUAUGUACAGAAUUUCUAAUUUUCUAUUUAAGCUGCCGAAAGACCUGAAGAAAGUUAGAAUAGACACUUUGGAUUUCUCAAGAGGCUUUGGCGUAUGGCUUCUUUGUUUUAGGACAGGGCCAUUUUGAACCAGUUUCUUACUGGAUAUCUCCUUUUUGUGAUGUAUUUUUGCACUUUUCCAAUUUCCUGAGUUUAAGAUUGUCAGGCUGAUUUUUCUACAAUCUAUACUCUUUUUGAGGGCUGGGAAAUAUUUGUGACUAAACUUUUUGAAUGUCAGACUCCAUUAAAGCUCUGAAGGGAAACUCUCUUUUGCACAACAAAGGCAAGAGCACUGCAAAUCUGU